UGGUGCAAAGCUGAGCUCUCUAAAGCUCAGCAAAUUUUGAUUUGAGAAGCUGUGACGUUCAAUGAAGUGGAGUAGCCACUUGUUCUUCGACGUUACUCAAUGGCCAUGUUGAUUACUUUAGUACGUCAUGGUAAUACUGAUGCUAAUAGAGAUAGAUGGCUGCAAGGCCAAAUGGAUACCCAGCUGAACGAGACUGGCAGGCAGCAAGCUGAACUUGUCGGUCAGCGACUAUCAAAUGAGCAAUUUGAUGUUAUUUACAGUAGUGAUUUAUCUAGGUGUAAACAAACAGCGGAUGGCAUAACCAAUUUCCAUCAACAAACUCCCAUUAUUUUCGAUAAGAGACUUCGAGAGCAUGAUUUUGGCAGUCUGAAUGGAAAGCCAGUAUCAGCCAUUAAUGCUGGCGCCAAGGCCCGAGGUAUCAGUGCCGCAGAUUAUAUCAUAGAUCAAGGCGGUGAAAGCGAUCAAGAGGUCGAAACCCGAGUCUUGGAGGCAUUCAACGAUAUUGUUAGCAAGUCACAGCAAGCAGGCCACUCGCAUAUUCUAAUCGUCAGUCAUGGCGGACCUCUGGGCAUCAUUAUUAGCUGGAUGGUGGAAGACCAAAAAUAUGAAUUACCAGCUGAUCCGCCAAGGACUAUAAAAUUAGGCAAUACAUCAGUGACAAGAGUUUCCAUCACAGGUUGCUCGGGACGAAUAGAGCUUUUUAACUGUCAAAAGCAUUUGUCUAUUAUGAUGGACACUUCACUACAAAACGACCGUGGUCCUGCUGUUUAACGAUGGUUCCUAUCUCAAAUAAAAAUAGAAU